GGUCUAAUCUAGAUUCUUUCGCGAGAAGAAGUUUCCGCUCGAAGAUCUACCAAUUUAUCAGAAAUCUGCCAGUUUCAAUUUUUCUGGGAAAAUAUCGAUCGUGGCAGGACAAAUGAUAGCGACGACUCGAAGGAGCUUUUGUCAAGUUCCGAGCGGUGGUGGACGAAGCGUGUGAUUUUUUUCGCGCUGGGAUGGCGUAAGAAACGAUUCACCGUGACCGAUGAAAGAUUGCUCGACGAUCGAUCGAAAAUGGCGAUGAUCGGUCAAUUGCGAUCGAUGAUGGACAACCUGAGCGACGUUUACUAUCUCGUGCAGCUGAUCGUUCGUCCUAUAUUCGUCUACUUACGGGAUCUGAUUCUGCACAAAUUUGUCUGGCUGGUCGCGACGAACGACGAGGUCGACUACUCGGACUCGAAGCAACGGGGAAUCGCCACCAGGAACAUCACCGGCGACGUCUUAGCCUUCUCCGUUCUCUGCACCGUCCUCUUUCUCAUCGCCAUGCUCACGUCCAAGUGCGACAAGGACGAAGAACAACCUUACGCCUCCGCAGCCAUCGAAACAGUAUCCUCGGACGUCCAACAGGGCACCCAUCCCUAUUACGUUCCCAGCGCAGCUUCCAGCUCGACGAACUGCUUCUACGCCUGCGGCGACCUGAUCCGCGUACCUGAACGUAUCCCAACGAGGAGUCCCUCCGACGACAGCUUAUCCAGGGUUCGCGUCGUACACCGCAAGCGUAGCAAAGGCAUCCUGAAGAAGUCCAUCUUCAGUCUAAGCUGCGCUUGGCCGCAGAAUUCGCAGAGCACCCAAACCGAGAAGACGUUUCACAAAACCAGCCAAACUUGGCUGAUCAGGCGGACCAGGAGCGGCCAUAUCUACGGGAAGUACCGUGUUUAGCCAGCGCAGUGAUGGGCGAAAAUCUGAAGUUUGCCGAUAUGUUUGUCUCCUUUCCUCUUUUCUACAUUCUCCAUAGAAAGAAACGAGACAAACGCAUUGGCAAACUUCAGAUUUAUUCGAAGCCUAGAGUUUUGCCCGUCCCGAGUCAACGGUGCCCGUCCAAACGGGGCGCUACAACAGCCCCCUUUUCCUUUGCUACCGAUGUCAAUCUUUAGUCUGAAAUUACCGAAAUUGCGCCCGUUGCUUCAAGGAAUACCUGAUGUGCAGCUGUUUUAGAAUGUCCUAGGUAAACUUCCCAUCUCCCUCCCUCGCCCUGAAUCUAGCCCCUAUAUAGCAAACGUUCGAUG